UUGUGAGGGAAAAAGACCGGAUGAGAAAUACUCAAACGCAUUUAAAGCGUUAGAUAGCAAACGUUGACUAUUUUAAAGGCUACAAUUUUUAAUUUGGAUGCACAAAAUAAAGUAUCUUUUUAUUGCUUAAAUGCUUUGUGUUUACGCUCUUAGCAAAAGAUCUGCGUCUGAAAGUUUCGAUCAUUUGUAACUCUUCGGUGUAGUGACUGUUGUGUCUUUACAGCAUCAUGUCAUCUAGUGGAGUUUCUCCCAUCAGUAUGUCAUAUUGGGAGUGUGGUAAAAGGAGGAUACGAUUCCUUUUUCUGGCGAACAAUAACUCAUUUAAAGUUGCUAAACGAAGCACAAGUGAGGAUCAAAUGAUUCCUCUAUUUCUUGGAGCUGAUCUGUUCUCAGCCACAGACAUUCGCAGUGAAAACCAUCCCAGAUACCAUGGCAAAUUUGCUAAGCGAGGACUAGCAACUAAACUGGUUUUCUCAUCAGACUGCAGAUUCCAAGGUUUGCGACUUCCUUGUUCCAACAACAGUCUGUGGUUCUACAGUGUUCAGGGAGUUUUCAGAGUGGCUUUUGAACUGUAUAGCAAACAAGAUCAGCUCUCAAUUAUGGAGUCCUUUCAGGAUCUGUGGAAAUCCCGCAUCAAUGAUAACAAACUAAACAUGACCUAUCAUCUUAGUGCCCAAGUGGAUGUUCAACCCCAAACUGAUCAAGAGGCACAAGCAGUUUUGGUAAAUAAUAUUAGUUGUGCAUCACCCCAAGCCCAUCUAACCUCAAAUGGAGACAAUGACUUGAGAUUCCCUAAACUAAUCAGAGACCAGUCUACUAAUUCAUCAUCUACAGACCAUGACUAUUGCUCCUCAACAGAGCAAACAAACUUAAGCCAGUCUGCUUUACUUGCUCAGAAACUUCACAGCAUUGGGGAAAAACUCAAGUUCAUAACAGAUAUUGAGGAGGACCAAUUAAAGACUACCAUGAAGAUACUGGACUAUGUUGAAUGCUAUUUAACUGGGAAAUUUGAUGAGGGCCGACUGACAAAUACAGUGAUGGCCCUGUUUCAGACUCAGUUUCAAGGAUACUCUAUCUACUCAAGCACUCUGCUGAAGGCUGUGGCAGGUUGGCUUGGCCAGCAGUUCAAUGCAGCUAACAACACCAUUAGCCGUCGUGUUGAAGGUUUUAAGGCACAACACAUUGAGCACAUUACAAACUUGCCACCUCCAGAGGAGCUGGCUAAAGAACUCUUCCCAGAAGCUAUGCAAAAUAUAUUGGCACACUGGAUGGGUCUGAGUGAAGAAGCAGAUAGCUGGAAAAGGCACAGCGAGUAUCCCAUCUUAUUGCUUAUCCUGGAAUUUGCCAAUCACAAUCUAGUUACAGGAGUUGCCCAUGUAUUGUAUUCCAGUCUAAUAUGCAAAUAAUAAUGGUUAGAUUAUAUGUUAAGGGAUAGUUCACCCAAAAAUGACUUUGAAACCCAUGACUUUAUUUCUUCUGUGAAAAAAGAUGCAAUGAAAGUGAAUGGUUAUUGAUGCCUAUCAUUCUGCCUAACAUCUCCUUUUGUGUUCCACAGAAAAGACAGAAGGGGAUAGAAGGGUAAAAUAUGUCAGUGAGCAAGUUGUGAAGCCUCCUUAAUCUGGGAAACUGUGCACAAUUUUAGUCAAGUCGCCAUUCAUAUAGAAAGGGCCCAACAUCUAAUAGGUAAAAUCACUAAAAGAUAACAGGGAAUAAGUUUUGCAUUCAAAUGCAGGAAAUACUAUUACACUUAUCACUUUGAAAAGAUUUAACUUGGGGCCAAAUUUCUUUUAAGAAAUUUGAAUUUUUAAUAUUUUGUUUGUUCGUGAAAAUAAUGGAUCCUUUAAAAAAAAGAAAAAAAAAAUUUCUUCAAUCAAAAAAUGUUUCUAAAGAUAUGAAAAACAAAAAAACGCUGUUGACAAUUGUUUUACUACAUUAAAAUAAACUUAGUAUUAAACCUU